AUGAUAUUUUCAAGGAUUUCGAUUCACUACGAGAUAUUCAAGGCAACCAACGGUAAUGCGCUCGAAGGAACGGGAAACGCUCCUGUUCCCCGUUGGGCAUGGAUAUUUCUUCACUUCUCAAGAAUAAUCAGAGUUUGCGAAGCUAAAUUUGUUCUGGAUUCAAAAGCGACUAUGGAUACAUCAGUUGAAGUCAAAGACGAGCCUGCGUCGGUGGAGAGGCCCGACUCUACAAACGCACCAACAAGCUCGUACACCAGCGUUAUUCAUAAUGAGUUCUUUACGUCAACACCAUAUUUCGGCUUCGGGCGCACCCAGCUUCCAGCAAUCACAUCAAUUUAUUCACCAUUCGCGAAGUAUUACGGAGUACAAGAGAGCUCUGCAAGGUUCUCACAGGAUACCUCAUCAUCUGCUUCUUUCGAUUUGUCUACCGGCACUGAUCAGUAUUCACCUCCACCCAAGCUGGUACCCUUUACUGCCAAUUUGGGUUACAGUUUUGAUAGUCCGUCCUACACUUUGAAACCCUUCAGCUCUACUCUACAGUCGGAUUCCGGUAUUUCAUCUGGGGCAUCGUCACUCAGCACACCGUUAGGUCGAAACACUGUCAGAGGCUACAAGAAAACUUACUGCUCCAUUUGCAAGAUGCACAUUAACAAGGAUGGCAAGAGAAGUCAAGGGCCACGACGUCAUCUGCUUCAGUAUCACGUACGACGGCCCUUAUUUCAAUGCCCCCAUUGCUCCCAUGCCUCAUUUUAUGACAAGUUCCACGUGACUUCCCAUAUGCGGCGAAUUCAUCAGGACAACUCAGAACGACUCAUUAACAGAAGUUCAGAGUUUGAAGAUGAAGUGGAAGAGUGGUAUGAGCGCUGCUUCGGUGAAAGGAGGAAUAGCAACGGGAAUGACAUGAGACAGAGCUCACAGAAGUCUCUCGACCCUAGCCGGUCAAGUUUCUCACCGCCUCCAGUGCUCACCCCGGAAGUUCCCGAUCAAGAAAAUGUUGAUCCAUGUACAGUUGGAGUCGUGGACUUACCUGAACUAUUCUCAGAUGCUACUCUCCAAGCUCCGUUGAAAAAGCGGAAAAUGGGUUUCAUGAUAGAUGAUAUUCUAGAGCUGGAUCCGGUGGAAAAGUCGACCUCAUGA